AUGCCAGCGAAGUCCUGCGAUUGUGGUCCGACCCUUGCAGAGUUACUACUCGAUUGGCCACCGGAGAAGUUCCCAGAACUCGACUCCGCCACCACUAGCUUAUCGUUGAGGUCGCGCGAUCUGAGAGAACAAUUCAACGCAGGAACUCCCUUUCUUUCUCUUCCUAGAGAGAUUAUCUUGGAGAUCUCGAUAAUGGCUUGUGAACCUGUUUACGAGGCCAGCGAUCCGGACAACUUUGUGAGGUCCAAGCAACUUACAUCGCCGUUACUGUUGGCAAAGAUAUGCCAGCUGUGGCGAUGCUUAGUUUUGCAUUAUCCUCGGCUCUGGAACGUUAUUUUUCUCAACCUCCGAAGGGAGCCCGAGGUGUAUAGGGCUCAAUUGGAACUGCUGAAGUCAUGGCUAUUACGCUCCGGAGAACUUCUUCUAUCCAUACACCUUGAAGAAAUGGAGCGUGAUCCAGCAGGAUGGGUGAAAAACCCACCAGUGGAAGUUUUCGAUCUUCUUGCACGCUAUUCCCAUCGUUGGCUACAUGUCAGCACUUUCCUCGUCCGUCCCUGUUGGGAGGGCCUCGAAAAACUUCCCCUUCCUUCCUUGACUACUCUUGCCGUUCGACCUCCAACUGUUGUUAGUUCGCCUGCAGAAUUGAGAAAGGCCAUCUGGCGGAUUUCAUAUGCACCAUGUCUCCGAAACGCGUAUCUUGUCGUGUUCGACAAAGUGGCAAUGGACAUUCCAAUGCAUCAACUUACCCAAAUCACAAUGAAGUCGUGCAUGCGGCAAGAUUGCUUGUCACUUUUAGCAAGCACUCCAAACGUGGUACAUUGUGCACUUCUCAGUAUAUAUUCUCGUUUCAUCUACAACCUCCAUCCCGCUGUCAUUGCACUCCCUUAUCUGUCUAGUCUUACUAUGGCAUCCCUGGGGGAUAUUUCUAUGAUCACGAGACUUUUGGAUUGCAUCACGACCCCUGCCCUCUCUCGGAUGAGGGUUAUAUGUGGUGAGAGUCGGGGUGCAGAGCCUUUCGCCAGUAUCGGGACUUUCCUCUCCCGAUCUUCGUGCUCACUCCGCGAGCUCUCUUUCAAGGUGACAAAUUAUAGGGAGACAACUGAGCAGGCGUUGAUCGCCAUGCUUACCAACAUGGAGACUUUGGAAAAAUUAGAACUGCAUUGCAAAUGGGGAGGGAAAUUUGAGCCCGUCUUCUAUCACCUAAAUCCAGCAAGGCCACAGCACACUCCUCAGUAUCUCCCUCCAAGUCGUGUCGUUCUACCCAAUCUUCGCUGCUUUCGUUACAAGGGGCCAAUGUCCUUCGAGAUUCAUCACCUUAUAAAAAUGAUUGAUAUGCGGUACCGCAUGUCAAUCGACAGGGAGAAAGACUUGCAAUGGGACCCGGUGGGGCGUCAAGGAAUUCAUAAUUGUAUUGCAAGACCAGAGUCAUUCGAUAUCGAAAUUUUGGAGAUGAAACGCGACCACUACUACACCAUACUUUGCGAUUACGCGGAUACCUUGGAAAGGCUUAUGGAAGAGCAUGAUGGGAUAGUGUUUUCUUUCUGUGAUGAGAUGGGCGACAACAUACCCCUACAGAAUUUGAUACCAGUCAUGGAUCCGGACGGCCUGGCGGAGUUUUUUACAUAG